AUGGAAAAAAGAGAGACAUUUGUACAAGCGGUGUCUAAGGAGCUGAUUGGGGAAUUUUUGCAGUUUGUUCAACUGGAUAAAGAUGCUUCUGACCCUUUCAGCCUAAAUGAAUUACUAGACGAAUUAUCAAGGAAACAGAAAGAAGAGCUAUGGCAAAGGCUCAAGAAUUUAUUAAUAGAUGUGUUGUUAGGAAGCCCAGUGUCUGGGUGGCAGACGGUGGAAGUCCAGGGUGAAGAGAAUAUGGAGACAGAGCGUGACCCCAACACGGAAAAAAACAUAGAGAUAAUUCAUGCAGUUACAUCUGUGGUUCUUGCUUCUGUAUCUGUAAUAAAUGAAAGUGAGAACUAUGAAGACUUACUGGAAUGUGCAGUUAUGUUGAAUGGUAUUUUAUAUGCAUUACCUGAAUCUGAAAAAAAGCUGCAGAGUUCCAUUCAGGAUUUAUGUGUCAUAUGGUGGGAGAAAGGCCUGCCUGCCAAGGAAGAUAUGGGAAAGACUGCUUUUAUUAUGCUAUUAAGGAAGAGUCUAGAGACCAAAACAGGUGCAGACAUAUGUCGGCUUUGGCGUAUUCAUCAAGCUUUAUAUUGCUUUGAUUAUGAUUUAGAGGAAAGUAAAGAAAUUAAAGAUAUGCUACUUGAGUGUUUCAUAAGUGUUAAAUAUAUCAAGAAAGAAGAGGGAAGAAGAUUUCUUAGUUCUCUCUUCAAUUGGAAUAUAAAUUUUAUUAAAAUGAUCCAUGAGACCAUUAAAAACCAGUUACAGGGAUUACAAAAAUCUUUGAUGGUACACAUUGCAGAAAUUUAUUUCAGAGCUUGGAAAAAGGCUUCAGGGAAAAUAUUGGAGACAAUCGAAAACGGGUGCAUCCAGGACUUCAUGCACCAUGGGAUCCACCUUCCGCGCAGGUCUCCAGUGCAUCCCAGGGUGCGCGAGGUGCUGAGUUAUUUUCAUCAUCAAAAGAAAGUUCGUCAGGGAGUGGAAGAGAUGCUUUACAGACUAUAUAAACCCAUCCUUUGGAGAGGACUAAAGGCCCGAAACUCUGAAGUCCGGUCAAAUGCUGCCCUGUUGUUCAUUGAAGCAUUUCCUAUUAGAGAUCCAAAUUUUAAUGCUAUUGAAAUGGAUAGUGAAAUUCAGAAACAGUUUGAAGAACUCUACAGCCUUUUAGAAGAUCCUUAUCCAAUGGUCCGUUCUACAGGGAUCCUUGGUGUCUGUAAAAUAACUUCCAAAUACUGGGAAAUGAUGCCUCCAACCAUUCUUAUUGAUCUCCUCAAGAAAGUAACUGGGGAACUGGCAUUUGACACAAGCUCAGCUGACGUGCGUUGUUCUGUCUUUAAGUGUCUGCCGAUAAUUUUGGAUAACAAAUUAAGCCACCCAUUAUUAGAACAGCUUCUGCCAGCACUGAAAUACAGUCUCCACGACAAUUCAGAGAAAGUGAGAGUGGCUUUUGUUGAUAUGCUGCUGAAAGUCAAAGCCGUGCGGGCUGCUAAGUUUUGGAAAAUAUGCCCCAUGGAGCAUAUUUUGGUUCGUCUGGAAUCAGAUUCCCGGCCUGUGGCUCGGCGACUGGUGAACCUUAUCUUCAACUCUUUCCUGCCCGUGAACCAGCCUGAGGAGGUGUGGUGUGAGCGCUGUGUCACGCUGGUCCAGAUGAACCAUGCAGCGGCCAGGAAGUUCUAUCAGCAUGCCCACGAGCAUACCGCCUGCACUAAUAUAGCAAAGCUGAUUCAUGUGAUUCGCCAUUGCUUGAAUGCCUGCAUCCGGAGGGCUGUGCGCGAGUGCCACGAGAGCCACGAGGAAAGGGAGAAGGAGAACGUGAGUAUGGUUCUGGACAAAACAUUGUCUGUAAGCGAUGUUGCAUCCAUGGCCGGUUUGUUAGAAAUCGUUGUGAUUCUCUGGAAAAGUAUUCACAGAAGUAUGGAAAAUAAUAAGGAAGCCAGAGUUUACACCAUUAACAAGUUUGCCUCUGUGCUCCCUGAGUACCUGAAAGUCUUCAAGGAUGAUCGCUGCAAGAUCCCUUUAUUUAUGCUCAUGUCCUUUAUGCCGGCCUCUGCUGUGCCUGCAUUCAGCUGUGGUGUGAUUUCCACAUUAAGAAACCAGGAGGAAGGAGCAGCAGACAAGCGCUAUUGUACUUUGUUGGACUGUCUCUGCUCCUGGGGACAAGUGGGACACAUUCUGGAACUCAUCUGCGACUGGCUGCCAGAAGAACAGCCCCAGAGCAAGAGUAACUCAGCAUCUAAACGGAAAGUGCAAAUCCAUGACACACGCCCAGUAAAACCUGAAUUGGCCCUGGUUUACAUAGAGUAUUUGCUGACGCAUCCAAAGAAUCGACAGUGCCUGCUCUCUGCUCCCCAGAAGAAACUUAACCACCUUUUGAAAGCACUUGAAAUGUCGAAGGCCGAUCUGGAAUCAAUUUUGCAGUUGCCAGGUGGGAAACCUCAUAACUUUAAUGAAGCAAUGGCUCUGCGAGCCUUCAGCCUCCACUGCCGGCUGAGUAUUCAUCUUCAGCACCAGUUCUGCUCAGAAGGGAAAGUUUACCUGUCCAUUUUGGAAGACACUGGGUUUUGGCUAGAAAACAAAGUUCUGUCUUUUAUUCAAGAUCAAGAAGAAGAAUAUCUCAAGCUUCAUAGGGUUGUUUAUCAGCAAAUCAUCCAGACCUACCUGACAGUAGGUAAGGAUGUUGUGAUGGUUGGCCUUGGCGAUUACAAGUUUCAGAUACAGCUUUUACAAUGGAGUCUCCAAAUCAUGCAAACAGUGAAGGGCUUCUUUUAUGUGUCAUUACUUCUGGGCAUUCUGAAAGAGGUAACUGGCAGUUCCUUGAUGCAGAAACCAGACUCAGACGAAGAAGUUGCAACGCUGUUUGAUACGGUCCAGAAAGUAUUUCAGAAACUGUUGGAAUGUAUGGCCCGGAGCUUCAGGAAGCAACCAGAAGAAGGCCUACGGGUUUCUAAUAUGGAAGAGCUCACCACCCCCGAGGUUCUUUCAGACCUCCCACCAUUUUCAAGGUGUUUAAUAGGAAUCAUAAUGAAGUCUCCGGAUGUGAUCAGGUCAUUUUUAGAUGAGUUAAAGGCAUGUGUUACUUCUGAUGAUAUUGAAGGCAUUGUGUGUCUCACAGCUGUUGUGCAUAUUAUUUUGGUUAUUAAUAAAGGUAAACAGAGGAGUUCAAAAGUGAAGGAUGUUGCAGCCACUGUUCACAGAAAACUGAAGACGUUCAUGGAGAUUACUCUGGACGAGGACAGCACAGAGAGGUUUCUCUAUGAAUCAUCAUCAAGAACUCUGGGAGCAUUUCUGAAUUCAUAAUCAAGCCAACGUCUUUGGUCAUGUGAAAACAGAGAAAAAGGACUUAGCGAAAGUGAAAUGAAUGUGUAUUUUCCUAGGGUUUUUAAUGUUAGUAACC